CAGACCCGUCUCGAUUUCAAUGCAACAGGACGUUCGAUAUCGAAGAAUCGGGGGUGAUCAGCCCUACCGCGACGACCCAACGGUACGUAGCUUCGCGAUCAACUGCAUGACAUCUAUUYUUUUCGUUCGCAAAGUGAUCCAUUGGCAUUCUCGGGAGAUGGAAGUCUGUUUCAACGGAAACCAAUGACAAAUUAUUUUCUUUCUUCGAUUUCAAUCCAUGAAGAGUGCUCCAAUCCGAAUUGGUUCCGUUGGAACAACAACAUCAAACGACUUGAAGAAGAAACAAUCGUAUCCCUUGUCUCCAGCAACGAAGGGCCUAGGAUAUUGCUGUUCGUUGGCGAGUGGCCCAAGGGAAGACGAAGGUCCUUAUGGCCGGUACUACCGAGACGAUUUCAAUGAUUUUUCGUGGAACUGCAGUAUAGGGACAAGUGACGAAGAUGGAAUUUGGCUAAAUCGGGGAGAUCCGGCAGGAUCUAUAAUGUGUGUUAUGGUAUGGAUACUCAUGGGCUAUUCGUGCUUGACAGUCACGCUUCUGGCGAAAACGGGAGGUAUCUCAUGGUAUCAGUCGUCAGUGUACUCUAUUCUUGUGACUAUGUCAUUGGCGUGCCACAUCAAAACAACGUUCACGGAUCCUGGUGCCGUCCCAGCGUCGGCUGUUCCUACUGAACCUCAACGGAUGAUGAGCGAGAGGCUUUCGAUGUGUUCGCAAUGUCAGACCUUCAAGCCACCGCUUUCUCAUCACUGUCGUAUUUGCAAUCGCUGCAUAAGUAAAAUGGAUCGUAAGUUACAUCAAACUUAGACUGGUUUGUUCUCUCAAAUAUCAGCCGAGGUGAUCCAUAAGACUUGAUUCAGGAAAAUCAUCCAAUAGUCUAUCUUGAUAUUCGGUAUUUCUGACCUCUUUCUCCACUUGGAUUCUGCGUCUAAUUCUCAUGCCUUAGAUCACUGUCCGUGGAUGAAUAACUGUGUCGGUGCCGGAAAUCUCAAGCAUUUCUUCCUUUUCCUGAUAUACACGUGGACUUGUAAUGUUUACUGCCUAGUUUUGCUUGGAUGGAACUACUUUUUUUGUGCAAGCGAAGACUGUGAAUUCAACGUUGUUCUAACACAAUUAGUUCGAAUCAUGACAGUAUUGUGCGUCGGAUCUUUUCUAUUUACAUCAAGCAUGAUUAUGAACGUAAUAUAUGGAAUCAUGACGGGGGUUGGGACAAUUGAUCGUCUCAAAAAGAAGGCAGCCGACACUAUGAAAGAUAGUAUCGAAGAACCAGUGCCAUUGAUCGAUAUAUUUGGAAUUGGACCUUGGUGGACUUGGCCUCUUCCGAUAGAUCCAAUUUUCGAAGACUUUGAUGCCGUCAUGGGAUUUGCGACGCCACAGAGAUUAUUGAGAGAACAAAUUUUGCGAGAACAAGCUCAACAGGGAAUUGAAGGGCACAUAUCUCCAGUUUAAUGAAUAGAUUUUUGUCGAAGAA